AUGACCAAGACGGAAAGGCUGGGGGCCCUGGAAUACUCCAGGAGCUGUGAUCAGGCCCAUUUCAAAGCUGUGUUCACUGAGGCCCAGAAAGACCCCACACGGAGCUCAGGACCCCCAAAGAGGCAGCGGCAGGCGCGCACGGUGUACACCAAAGAGCAACUGGACGUGCUCAAGGAAUACUUCCAGAAGAAUAAGUACCCCGGCUACCAGGACCGCCUGCGCCUGGCGGCCAGGCUCAGCCUAGAGGAGCACAAACUGCAGGAGGGGAUCAGCGAGGCCAAAGGGGUCCGGUGCUGCCCUGGGUCACGCAGCAAGCAAGGGGUCUCCGGGUGCCGACCCAGGGCUGGACCCCGAGUCCGUCUCAACCCUGUGCCAUACAAGCCCUCCAACCCCACCCGGCCGGGACUGACGCCCCCCUUGGUCUCCCCGUGCCCAGACCUCCGGGCCUCUGAACCCGCGGACCCUCUCGGGCAGACCCCUUCCUGGCCCCCAGGCCCCUGGAUGUGGUUCAAGAACCGCCGGGCCCAACGCUCCCGGCUGGAACGACUGGCCAAGGGCCGAAGCCACAGGGCCCGCGAUGCUCCCACGGACCCCGGAGCCCCCGGCGCCCCCGGCCCCGCGCCUGCCCCUGUCCUUGCUGCUGUCGCCGCCGCAGCUGCCGGCCCCGCAUUCCCGGACGGCCCGGGAUUCCGCAGCCCGCCUCCGCGCAGCCUCGCGGGGAUGCUCCCUGCGCCAGAGCCCAGCAUCUCCAGCCAAGGCCAGGCCAUGUGGGCCCUGGCACAAGGCGCCCAGGCGCCCGUCCAGGCUGCUUCAGCCCCGGCCCCGCCCCUAGUCUGGCCUCUGGACCCCUACGCCCCCAACUUUGCCCCAGAUCCUUUUCCAAUUCCAGAUUUUACAGUGGUAUUCUCACCCCAAGACCCCUCUCCCGGAUCCCCCUCUCCCUUGAUGUCUGGGUCCCGAAAGAGAGAUGAGUGUGUGGAUGAGAACGACUUAGACCCCAAGCGGUUACUGAGCUUAUAG